UCAGCGACCUCGUUGGACAAGGCAAUGUGAUGCUGACAGUUUUCUCAGAUCAGGGUGAGAUAUAAAGGCAGGCAUAAUUAAGCACUACACCUUACAGAAUAUAAUUACUAACAUGUUUUCUAUUCCUUUAGAAUUAUCUGACAGCUCCUUGUAUUCUGCUCCUGGGCUGUCUGACUCAAGCUUCAGCUCAAGUACAUCAACUGUUAUAAUAGAUGAGGUCUAUAGCAAGAGACAAAGAAUCGAGGAUACACGUGAUGCUGCGUCUGCCGAACAGUUGAUUGAAGCUGUGCUGAGAGGCAAAUCCGGAGGUGAAGAAGUACUACAGGAGUACCAAACAACAGAAACCCUGACAGAUGCUGCAAGAAGACAAAUGGUUAACAUCCUGGUGGCUCACAUGAUUGACAAUCAUGGGCACCUUCCCACUAAAGAAACCAGAGAGGAUUAUGCACAUGGGAUAGUGAUGCUGUUCCCUUCCCUCAGGGAUCCAUAUUCCAAGAAGGGCUAUGAACACUUCUAUGAUUCUGCAAGCAGCACAGGAUACAUUUCUUGGCGUCUGAAAACAGUCCAGAGGAAGAUUCGUCAAGGAUCUGCAGUGCCACCAAAUAGCGCUAUUUGCUUUUCUCCAGGAGGCCCAAAUUUCCAAAGAACUGUUCAUGUUGAAAGGCAGCUUGAUGGUGAUGCUUGCCAAGAGGCCAUGUCUUUGCUCAACCAUACCACAGACAAUUCCCUAAUUUUCCAGAAGAUGAGAGAGACCUUUCUGCACCGUCAGAAGCUCGUUAAUGACCCAGGCAGAAGUGUUGAUAUCCUCUCCAGCUUCCCAAGAUUCCUGGAUACAAAAGGAUUGGUGGACCAAGACUUCACUCUCCUAUUUGAUGAUGACACAUCCUCCAGGCUUCUUCAGAAAUGGGAUUUGUUCUUCAAGCCAAAUGUCAUAAAAGAGGCUAAGCAGCUCACUUCAACACCAGAGUUGCGUCACUUGGUGCAGUCAGCAGAAAGUCCCCAAGGAGAUGAUCUUGAUGAGGCAACAAUUUUCAUAUUUCUACCCUAG